UCUUUACCGCCAUCAACUGAAAUUCGUUAAAUUGAACAAAACUACAGAAAAAAUGUGUAUAAAAAUGGGGGGAAGUCAACUCCAAAUGUUUGCGCGGAUCAAGAAAAAUUUAUGGGUAUCAAGUGGGGAUAUCGAUGGAUAUUGGCUGAUUAGGACGAAUUUAUGGAAAUUAAGGGUAAGCAGUAGAGUUGUCAAAAUUAGGCCUGAAAGUGGCCCCGGUCCAAUAAAAACAAGACCUGAAAAAAAUGUCAGUCCGACACGAAAACGGCAGCUCUAG